GUCAAGUAUAAAGGGAAUAACAUGGUCUCCCAGUGGCUGUUUGUGUUUACUUAAAUAACACACUCCGAAUGGGUGUUUUUCCUCACCACAACAGACUUUUAUUUUCUUUAAAGUUCACGCGGUUUUAUCCUUUCUUUUUUAAUGUGAACAUUUACCCGGCCAGUGGCAUGUGAAUCUCAUACUUCACUGAUGUGCCAGUCUUACAAAUGGAAAGGGGGCUUCACUUUGGAAACGUGAGCAUUUCCCUGGUGCUCCUGCUGGUGCUGCUGCUCAACGCGCUCAUCGGUUUCGGGACGUCGCACACUCGGGGCUCCGCCGUCCUGUGGGAGCCGCAGCCCGGCGCCCGCACUGCGGGUGAGACCUCGGCUGACUCGAAGCGCGAUGCCGGAGGAGUGAUGGGGGAGCGCGGCUUGGAGAACGUGGGCACCUCGGUCACUGGAGCCGACGUUAUCGUGGAGAACGACGACGAACACGGCUCCACCGGGGAAGCGGAGGAGUCUUACGGAGAAAAUAGCGGGAACGUAAAAUCGACAAGGUCUCUGGUAAUCAUCAGUACUCUGGAUGGUCGGAUCUCGGCUCUGGAUCCUCACAACCAGGGCAGGAAGCAGUGGGAUCUGGAUGUCGGCUCAGGGUGCCUGGUUUCCUCCAGCCUCAGCAAACCGGAGAUGUUUGGGAACAAGGUGGUCAUCCCUUCACUGGACGGUGCCUUAUUCCAGUGGAACCGGGACAGAGAGAGUAUGGAGGCAGUGCCUUUCAGCGUGGAGUCCCUGCUGGACUCGUCCUACCGCAUCGGAGAGGACACGAUCCUGGUCGGGGGCAAAACCCUGACCACCUAUGGCCUGGGGACCUACAGUGGCAAGAUCCGUUACAUCUGCUCCACGGUGGGCUGCAGUCAGUGGGGGGACAAAGACGUGGAGCCGGAGGACGUGCUCCUCCUGCAGAGGACGCAGAAGACUGUGCGAGCCAUCCGGCCCCGGACAGGGAUGGAGAAGUGGAACUUCAGCGUGGGAAACUUUCAGCUCAAGCUCGUUCCCGAGGCUCAGCUGGGGAUGAACUUCCUGGAGGGAGAGCUGGCGAACGAAGCGUGGAGGGAGAGUCAGCGCGUCAUCAUCGACGAACCCAAGGAGCGGGAGCAGGCCGAGAACCAGCAGAACCAGCAGAACCACAACCUGGACCUUGUCAUCAAGGUGUCGGUUCCUGACUGGAAGGUCAUGGCCUUCAGCACCAAGCCUGAAGGGCAGCUGGUCUGGGAGCGUCAGUUCUGCACACCCAUCGCUUCAGCCUGGCUGGUGGGUGGAGGUAAAGUCACACCCAUCAGCCUGUUUGACGACACCGGCUACACCAACCAGUCGGAAGCUGACGAGGAGGAGGACGAUAGUGACCCGGAGAAGAUCAGAGGAGCAGCAGAGUCCAGUGUGUACUUGGGCAUGUUCCAGGGACAGCUCUACCUCCAGUCUUCAGUCAGGAUCACGGAGAAGUUCCCCGCCAAAGCCAUCGGAUCGGAGAAGAAUAUAAUUCCACUCCCUACCGUCAAAUGGAAGCCGCUGAUCCAUUCCCCGUCUCGCACUCCGGCCCUCGUUGGCUCUGACGAGUUUGACAAGUGUCUGAAUAACGACAAGUUCUCCCACGAAGAGUACAGCAACGGCGCCCUCUCAAUCCUCCAGUAUCCGUACGACAACGGGUACUCCUUCCCCUUCAGCAAGCACUACCGGGAGAAACGUGACAGCUCUGUGAGCCUGAUUAAGGGAAACACGGCGGGGCCCGACAGCCGCAGGAGGAAGGACCCGGUGCUGCUGCUGCCCUGGUGGAAGGAGAUUCUCGGCACCAUCAUCUUCUGCAUCGUCGCGACCACGUACAUCGUCCGCAAGUUCUUCCACCCCCCCGUUCCGGUCGCCUUUGUGAGGCAACGGAAAGAGUCGGAGACACAGUGCCAGACUGACUGCAAGUUUGACCUUGAGGUUGUAGAAUCCAAAGAGCCGGUUGCCAUGGAGACCCGUUCCACCGAAUAUGUGUCCAGGUACCUGACCGACUUUGAACCGGUGCAGUGCCUCGGGCGCGGCGGCUUCGGCGUCGUGUUUGAAGCCCGCAACCAAGUGGACGACUGCAACUACGCGAUCAAAAGAAUCCGUCUGCCCAACAGGGAGCUGGCCCGUGAGAAGGUGAUGCGAGAAGUGAAGGCUCUGGCCAAGCUGGAGCACCCGGGGAUUAUCCGCUACUUCAACGCCUGGCAGGAGAGUCCUCCUGAAGGUUGGCAGGAGGAGAUGGACAAGAGGUGGCUGAAAGACACCAGCGCCACCGACUGGCCAAUGAGCUUCCUGGACCACAUGGAGGCGCUGUCGGUCAAAGUGCCGGUGUCCAGCUCCGUGUCAGCGGUCCGCGAGCACGAGCGGGACACGUCGUCCACGGACCCGCGCGGCCUGCUCUCCAGCAGCGCCGGCGGGGCCGUGGGUUUCGGCGCCGACGACAGCGACCUCUCCUUUCAGCCUCACCUGGGCCACGACAGCCUGAUGUCGGAGCGGGACAGUCAGGCCGACCCCGACGCCUCGGACACCCCGGACUCCUUCGAGCUGUGCCCCCCGCGCGGCCCCAGUGACUGCACCUCCUCCUCCUUCGACAUAGUCUUCGAGGACUCGGGCUGCGACCGAGACGCUGAGGCGGACACCGACUCUGUGACGUCCGGUGCAGCCAGCACCGGCGCGGCGACGGAGAGGAACAGCUCGUCGUCCUCGCACACCAGGCGACAGGAGUCGGUCCCGCCCCCCUCCUCCUCUUCCACCUCCUCCUCCUCCUCCUCUUCUCCCCCGAGGCCAACCUCACUUUCUUUGGCUGUGCCCACACCUUCUCCAAUGCAGCGGGUUCAGCCUUCUCCCAAGGUUUACCUCUACAUCCAGAUGCAGCUCUGUCGGAAGGAGAACCUGAAGGACUGGAUGGCUCAGCGCUGCCUCCCGGAGCAGAGGGAGCACAACCAGUGUCUGGACAUCUUCCUCCAGAUCGCGGAGGCCGUCGACUUCCUGCACAGCAAGGGCCUCAUGCACAGGGACCUCAAGCCCUCCAACAUCUUCUUCACCAUGGACGACGUGGUGAAGGUGGGAGACUUCGGCCUGGUCACGGCCAUGGACCAGGAGGAGGACGACGACGACGAGCCGAGCGCCCUGACGCCCGCGCCGCUCCUCACCCGGCACACGGGCCAGGUCGGCACGAAGCUUUACAUGAGCCCAGAGCAGCUCUCUGGAAACUCGUACUCUCACAAAGUGGACAUUUACUCUCUGGGCCUGAUCCUGUUUGAGCUGCUCUGUCCUUUCAGGACGCAGAUGGAGAGAGUGAGGACGCUGACAGAGGUGAGGCUGCUGCGCUUCCCCGAGGUCUUCUCCAAAAACAACAUUCAGGAGCUCAGUAUGGUGCGCAGCAUGCUGUCGCUGAGCCCCAGCGAGCGCCCGGAGGCCGCCGACAUCACGGGCACGCCCCUCUUCGAGGAGCUGGAGCUGGAGAUGCCGUGUCGAUUAGCCAUGAGGCAGCGCUCCCGCACCUACAGCGCCUCGUCCAUGGGCCGCCCCUCGCGCCAGACGCCGACGUCGAACUGAAGGACCCCCGUGACGCAGGACUCGACCUUUCUCCGCCCCCUCCCUCCCUCCCUCCCUCCCUCCCCUCCACCUCUGCUUCUCUGUCUUGCCAAGAGAAGCACCUCUCAGCCCACUGCCACCGCACGCACGAGCCAAGAGCGACAAACACACGCUGAAGCUGACACUGGUGUCUUCGGAGCGGCGGGGGAUCAAAUACUUCACACUUACAACUGCUGUUAAUGUUCCCGCUCACCGUCCACGCCGUCCAGAUAUUUAGCCACAAGUGAAAGGACAAUUAAGAAGCAACAGGCGCUCUGUCACGACUUGGCUCGAGUGAGACUUCUGAAGUGUCCCCGAGCAGCAGAUGGACUCCGCUGGGACGAAGACGCUAUGACCACUGAACUUCAUACUAAAUAGAUUUUUGGAAAGGGAAAAAAAAACAAACAAACAACGUUUGGCGUAUGAGAAGUGACGGACGUCGUAACGCGCCGCUCGCUCCGACUUCUCACUCGCGCUACACCUCAGGUAUCAAAACCAUGAGGACACUCCAUAGGGGCCUUUGAUGCUUGAUCAUCUUAUCUACUAGUUCUGAUCACUAGUAUGAGCACUAACCGGUGUUUUUCCGAACACCUGAUAUGCCUGAUGUGGGAGACCAAAAAAAAAAAAAAUCACCAUCUGUUUUUUCCUAUGUUUUGUAAAGAAAGAAGUUGAUCAGAUAUGAUUUGCCUUUAGAACGAAUGAAUGCCGAGCUUCUGGCUCUUGUCUUUUCCUGCACGUAUCUGAAAGGAAAGUAAAAGGCGUGAGUGUGUUUUGUUAUCUUGAAGCCAAUACUUGGACACAGUUUUUUUCCCUGUGUAUAAAUUUACAUGACGACACUGGAGGUGCUCAAUCGUUUCCCCAAACACCUCCUUUCUUUUUCUUAUUUGUUAUGUACAUAGUUGAAGGGACGAAAGAAAAAAAACCAACCUGUUUAUAUCUUUUAGCUCAAGCCGAAUUCGAUCGUGUACAUAUCGUAAGACGCCAUUGCCUGUAAAUGACCUUUUAUUUUGAAAUGGCUGUAAGAUACUUUUGCAUUCUGUGGGAGCAGAAGCCGACGGGGAUGAUCUCUGCUGUUGUUUGACAGCUGAAUGUUUUACACCGAAAGCAAAGUGAUUUCUUUUUUUUCCCGCAGCGCGUCACUCGACUGAGCGACUGAGGUCACCGGAUCUGUUUGGGUUUAUUCGUGACGGUAUCGCGAGUAAACGCAAACCCCGGUGACUUUUAGUCUGCUUGAGUUCAUACUUAAGUACGACUGUUAUCUUAAUAAAUAACAAAAAGUGCUCCAAACGAAACUCUUCGUUAUCAACCUGGUCUCAUUUUCAGAUGUUAAAGAAGUAGCUGAGCCCUAAAAUGUCACUGGGUCCAUUUUUAAGACUUUUGUUGGACACUUUUUUUGAUAUUUACAAUUGAGUCAGUCCUGCCCGACCUUAUUGAAUUGACAUGUGUUGACGUACUUUUGCGAACUUUCCCGACAGACUUAUCGAAUCAAGUCCAAGACAUAUUUUCAGAAUUCAUCAGGUUAGUCGUACUUGGGCUUCAGGGAUGCAAGACAUAUUAGCUUAAAAGUGUAUAGUCAGAUAUCUGUUUAUAUGUUUAUUUUGCAAGAAAUAUGUUGAUUUCACUACAGAAGAGACUAAACGAUCUUUGCAAUUGGCCGCAAGAAAAGAUGAAAGUAUAUAUAUUGCGUUUUAUCGGACCAAAAACUCCCGAUAUAGCUGCAAAAAAGCCCGAAAUCUUGCAUCCCUGUUUGACUCGCCUCCUGCCAAACGCCUGACACGUGAAGCAACCGUUUUGCUUUUUUCUUUCUUUCUUUCUUUUUUUUCUAUAACCCCAAUUGUUUCAACUCGAGCGAAAAGGAAGCAAAUGACUGAGAAAUGUGUCGCGUGUCUCACUCUGUGGUUUGAAGAAUCAUCGGUCACGUCGGGGUGUGAACGCACCUUUUACAGCGGGACCUCCAAAGACGGAUCACCUCUUAACGCUGUCAGAAAUGAUUCUCCCGUGGUGUGGGGAACCAGGUGGACAGGGGGUUCCAGAGCACCUGUGGGACCAGAGUGCCAUUUCUAAAUCGGUUUAUUCGUACUUUUUCUCUAACUUUUUAACUCCCCGUUUUAUUUUAAUUUUUUUUUAUUUGGCAGCUGUUCUCCAACCCCAUCCACCUUUGCAUUCCCCCCACCAUGCAGGAAAAAUAGCAUUUAGGGAAGACUGUUUAAUCCCCUCUACCGGGGGGAACCUGGACCUGAUCAUUGGUCGUAUGAUCCUCACAGGCAUUGUUUUAUGUAUAUAAGAAGUGCUGGGAGGGGAGAGUACAUGACCUGUUUGUAACAACACACACACACACACUGCUACUUGUAAUGUGCUUUCAAUGAUUGUAAUUUUCUAAGGAUCUUCUCUCUUUUUUAAGGAAACGGGAAAUUGCAUUUUUUUUUUUGGAUUAUUCUGCAGGGUUUUUUGGAUUACUGUAAAAGUCUCGACCGUGUCCGUUACGGGAGGUCAGAAUGACGUCCGUCCGUCCGUCCACUUCAGUUUGAUACAGAGUGUACUGUACUUCUUCCAAGACGGGGUUGGAGAUGGGAUAAUGUAUCCUCCUCUCGUGAUUAGGAUAAAAAUGUGAAACUCCAUCCCGCGUGUUCACACGUCGCUUCGUGGAGGACAGUACGUACUGUUACGUUUGACCUAUGUUGACAUUCUCUGUUGAAUCAAUGUUUUGAUGUUCUAGAUGAAUUUUGCGAGUUAACUCAUUCUCCCCUUACAAUGUAACCUAAAAUAACACAUUUUUGCCCCAUUUUUAUCCUAGAGAAACCAAUUCACCACAGUGAAUUGUGACGUAAAUACAGGUAAUCACCUACUAUAGUAAACUGAAAACAGCAUUAUGAACAAUAGUGUAUUAUUGGAGGUUAUAGCGAUUGUUUCCACUCAGUUACACCCAGAAAUUGUUCUACGUUAUAUUUUGUGCUCUGUUGAGUCAUUUCUCAUCUCCAGGUCUCUUCACCGGGGGAUGGUUCCGUUGGAAAGUCACGCACGCUCUCUCUCACUCACGAGUCUCGCUCUGUCUGGAAAUGUUAGUUGCGUGUUCUUGUGCACAAACCCCAUCCUCUGUCCACGUUGAAUUGUAAAUAUGUUCCUGUGCUUUAUUUAUGUUCCGAUGCCGAGAUCAAUCCUUUUUUGGGUUGGUGUUAUUAUGAAUGUGCUUCCUGCGAUGAAGUGCGUUGGAUUAUGAUGACUUCUUACAAGUCUAAAUUUAAUAAACUGUUCUAUACCGUUUGUACA